AUGGAGACUGUGUGUUGUAUGUGCGGCGAUGUAGGCUUUUCCGAUAAACUCUUCCGCUGCAGCAAGUGUCGCCACCGCUUCCAACACCUGUAUUGCAGCAAUUAUUACAGUGAAUUGUCAGAGCCUAUUCAAGUAUGUGAUUGGUGUCAAAGUGAGGGAAAAAUUUCAAAACAUGGGGGUUCUUCAUCAAGAAAAUCCAUGCAGGUAAAUAGUGAUUCAAAAACAGCUAAUUAUUCAGGUAAUAAAAUCAAACAACACGAUCGUGAAGAGGGUUCAGAAAGAGCUGGAAAAAACCCGACUGGGACGCCUUCUCCCCGGCCUACUACACGCAGGUACAAGCUUCUCAAGGAUGUAAUGUGCUGA